GCGAGGUUGGAGGAGGGAGCCGGGCUCAGGAGGCCGAGGCCUUGAUCCGGAGCGUGACCCCUACAAAGAGAGUUGUGUAUAGGACGACUAGACCGGGAGAUAUCAAGACUCCAUAUGAGAAGAUGCUCGAGAAUCAUGUGGAGUUUGGCUCGCCAGACAAGCGCUCUGGUGGUUUCUUCAACUCAGCUCUGGUUGCUCUUUUCUAUAUUGCCUUACUUGCAGGUCUUCUCCAGCGCUUCCCGAUAAGUUUUUCCCAGCAUACUGCAGGCCAUUUGAGGAACCGCAAAACUUCAGGACCUGGCGGAGCAAAAGUAGUUGAUAAUGCAGAUGUAGUUACUUUCUCUGAUGUGGCUGGUGUCGAUGAGGCUAAAGAAGAGCUGGAAGAAAUUGUGGAGUUCCUUAGGAGUCCAGACAGAUAUAUAAGACUUGGCGCUCGUCCUCCUCGGGGAGUGCUAUUGGUAGGUCUCCCUGGCACUGGCAAGACUCUUCUAGCAAAAGCUGUAGCUGGGGAAGCAGAUGUACCAUUUAUAAGUUGUUCUGCAAGCGAAUUUGUAGAGCUGUAUGUGGGAAUGGGAGCUUCUAGAGUGAGAGAUCUAUUUGCAAGGGCAAAGAAGGAGGCACCAUCAAUAAUUUUCAUAGAUGAGAUAGAUGCCGUGGCAAAAAGCCGUGAUGGUCGAUUUCGCAUUGUCAGCAACGAUGAACGGGAACAAACAUUAAACCAGUUACUCACUGAAAUGGAUGGAUUUGACAGCAAUUCCGCAGUUAUAGUCCUUGGCGCAACUAAUCGUGCAGAUGUUCUAGACCCUGCACUUCGUCGUCCUGGGAGAUUUGAUCGUGUAGUAAUGGUGGAAACUCCUGAUAGACUUGGAAGAGAGGCUAUUUUGAAAGUUCACACUAGCAAGAAGGAGCUUCCUCUAGCGGGAGAUGUGAAUCUCAGUGACAUUGCAUCUAUGACCACUGGUUUUACUGGAGCAGAUCUAGCAAAUCUGGUAAAUGAGGCAGCUUUAUUGGCUGGAAGAGUGAAUAAAGUUGUGGUGGAGAAGAUAGAUUUUAUCCAAGCAGUUGAACGUUCUAUAGCUGGUAUAGAGAAGAAACAUGCAAAGUUACAAGGCAACGAAAGAGCUGUUGUUGCAAGACAUGAAGCAGGGCAUGCAGUUGUGGGAACUGCUGUUGCAAAUUUGCUUCCUGGACAGCCACGCGUUGAGAAACUCAGCAUAUUGCCCAGAUCAGGAGGUGCGUUGGGUUUCACAUACACACCGCCCACCACAGAGGACAGAUAUCUACUCUUUGUUGAUGAAUUACAUGGUCGACUGGUAACCCUAUUAGGAGGCCGUGCAGCUGAAGAAGUUGUUUACUGUGGCCGUGUGUCAACUGGGGCUCUUGAUGAUAUAAGACGAGCAACUGAUAUGGCCUACAAAGCUAUUGCUGAAUAUGGACUGAGCCCAACCAUAGGCCCAAUAUCAGUAACUACUCUGUCUAAUGGUGGACUUGAUGAGUCUGGUGGGGGAGCACCAUGGUCAAGGGAUCAGGGCCAUCUUGUGGAUCUUGUGCAAAGAGAGGUAAAACAACUUCUACAAUCUGCUCUUGAAGUAGCUCUUUCAGUGGUUCGUGCAAAUCCUACUGUUUUGGAGGGUCUAGGGGCUUAUUUGGAAGAAAAAGAGAAGGUGGAGGGCGAAGAGCUGCAGAAGUGGCUGAAAUUGGUUGAAGUCCCAAGAGAAUUGAGAACAUUUUUAGAAGGCCAACGGCAAAACCUUCUCCCUGUCAAGGCGAACUCCUGACAAGUUCUACACUUGGUCUUCAUUGAUCAAGUUUACCUAAGUGGUUUUUCGACCCUUCAUCAAAACAUGCUGCAGAGAACAUAACAGGCUGCUAUAACUGGUGGCGUUUCUUUUUGGGGGAGCCUAGUGGGAAGGAUAAUGACAUUCUUGCCUACAUCUGUGAUGAUACAACUGCCCUUUGGAUUUUUGAAACCUCUGGUCAAAUUCUAUUACUCCUUGGAAUCAACGAGUCCAUUUAUUGACCUAUUUCGGUUACUUUAAUUGACCUGAGGUGGUUUGUGUGGAUAGCAAGUGAUAUGCAAAGCUAUACGACUGAUCCCCACCACUCGAGACAUAGGUUUACGUAGGUAUACGGAUGUAUUUGUUGUACACUAGUAUUCUUGUGCACAAUUCGGCAAUUGUGCAGCGAGUACACAUCAUUUACUAGAUCAGUUCUUGCCAUAUUGUUCAAAUGAUGUAUCUGGGUAUAUACAGUUAGGGCUUUGUUUUACAAGUGAACACUAGCUGGCUACGCUGAAAGCAAGCUGCAUACGCAGUUAUAUACCAAUUAAUUUAACUCC